GGCCGGCGGGGCGGGAACGGGAAUGGGAAUGGGAAUGGGAAUGGGCCGGGAGUUGGAUCCGGGAAUGCUGGGAUUGGACUGGGAGUUGGAUCCAGGGUUGUCGGGAUUGGACUGGGAAUUUUAUCUGGGAUCGUUGGGAUUGUCCUGGGAAUUGGAUCAGGGAUUAUCCUGGGAAGGGGCCGGGAGUUGGAUCCGGGAUUGUCCUGGGAAAGGGGAGUUGGGUCUGGAGUUGUUGGGAUUGGACUGGGAAUUUGCUCUGGGAUUGUCCUGGGAAGGGGCUGGGAAUUGGAUCUGGGAUUGUUGGGAUUGUCCUGGGAAUUGGAUCUGGGAUUAUCCUGGGAAGGGGCCGGGAGUUGGAUCCAGGAUUGUCCUGGGAAAGGGGACUUGGGUCCGGGGUUGUUGGGAUUGUCCUGGGAACUGGAUCCGGGAUUGUCCUGGGAAGGGGCUGGGAGUUGGAUCCAGGAAUGCUGGGAUUGUCCUGGGAACUGGAUCUGGGAUUGAAUGCUGGGAUUGUCCUGGGAACUGGAUCUGGGAUUGUCCUGGGAAGGGGCUGGGAGUUGGAUCCAGGAAUGCUGGGAUUGUCCUGGGAAUUGGAUCUGGGAUUAUCCUGGGAAGGGGCCGGGAGUUGGAUCCAGGAUUGUCCUGGGAAGGGGAGUUGGGUCCGGGGUUGUUGGGAUUGGACUGGGAAUUGGAUCUGGGAUUGUCCUGGGUCAGAACUGGGUCUGGGAUUGUUGGGAUUGGAUUUGGGACUGGAUCUGGGAUUGUCCUGGGAAUUGGAUCCAGGAAUGCUGGGAUUGACCUGGGAGUUGGAUCCAGGAUUGUCCUGGGAAGGGGCCGGGAGUUGGAGCCAUGGUUGUCCUGGGAAAGGGAAUUGGGUCUGGGAUUGUUGGGAUUGUCCUGGGAACUGGAUCCGGGAUUGUCCUGGGAAGGGGCUGGGAGUUGGAUCCAGGAAUGCUGGGAUUGUCCUGGGAACUGGAUCUGGGAUUGUUGGGAUUGA